CAAAAAAUGUCACGUCAGCAAAUAUUUGUUGUAAACAUUUUGGUGAAGAACAUUAUGACAGGAUAAGAAAUAGAGACUGAUUCUAGCUAGCUACAUAAACGAGGAAAUUCAAUGGUUUCUUUAGCAUUUUUUUCAAAGAAUGGUAACCUGAUGAAAAUAUUUGGAAUUAUCAUUAUUCUAGCAUUGUUGUUAUUAUUGUUCAAAGGCUUUUCGUAUGCUGUCCCUGCGAUUUCUCCGGCUGGUUCGGAUUAUCGGAGAUCUUCAGUCAACAAAAACUUAACUUGCAGGGGAGACUUUGUCGCAAAAUCGAAAUGUCGUUCCUGCACAAAGCUAGAACAGGAGUUAAAAAAAGAUAUUUGCUCUGCAACAGGAAAUAUUGAAGAAAUAAAAUGCAAAUCAUCUACACUCUAUCUCAGCUGUCCUUUUGCUGUUAUGGAAGAAGCAAAAAAGUUUUGGAUUUUUCAGGCUUGUGCGAUUGGUGUUGCAAUCCUUUCAAAUAUUCUUGUGUGGUGGAGGCGUCAAUCUCUUGACUCGGUCACAUACCAGAGACUAAAACGGCAAAUAUCUGAUAUUGGUGUGUAACUGAAGUUAAAUCAAAGGAUAAAGCUUUUACGAUGAUGCGUUGUUGAUGCAGCCAUGUUGUGGUUGUUUUUUGACACACCAAGACAUUUUCCUUAGGUUAUUGAAAUUCUACGAAGAAACAUUUUUUCCUCGGAUGGCAACAAACAUUACUUGGAAACUAUAACUCCUAUGUAUUUUUAUACCUGUAUACACGCAAUGAUAAGAACAAAGUUGUAAAAGGUUUUAAAUACGCAAGAAUUUUAUCUGACUUAUUA